GGCAAAUGCCUUCUUUUAUUUGUUCAAUCCUUUGGAAUACCACCAAUACUCGGAGCUUAUGGAUCAGUCAGGGACAACAUGUGGUGGCCUAAGCAUCCCUGUACUCACCCCUCCACCCACCGAAGCUGCCCCACCUCAGAGGCUUGGUCUUGGUAGUCGCCCCGCGUUGGUUGCCUGACAUUCAUUCACCACCAUAUCAGUUCCUCUGUUGGUGCCUCACAGGAAAACAAAUGGAACAUCUCUUUCAGCAUCGCCGCACGGAUACACCGCCAGUUCUCCUUCCUACUUUAGCUCGAUCUUCACGCUACAUGGCAGACAGACUUUCUGACACCGAGGCCCCCUCGGCGAGAACAGCCUCGCGUCUUUUGGACCAACUCGAGUCGCCCCUGUUUGGCAAGCUACCUGCCGAGUUGCGAGCUGUCAUCUAUACCGAGAUCUUUGGCGGUCAACGCAUCCAUCUAAAUUUCACAACUCACCCCAUUCGCGCUGACAGGGUAGGUCUCAGGAAGCGCUGGCGCCACGCCAUCUGUGAGCAGCCAGUUGCUGGCCCCUUCAGCGAGGUUACAUCACGCCAGCAUCACUGCUUUCUGGCCAGUCGCCGACGAGUGCUGGAUAUCAACCUUCUCUUCACUUGCCAGCGAGUAUUUGAAGAAGGGAUUCCCAUACUGUAUCAGUCCAAUACCUUUCACAUCGUCAACAUUGGCACCGAGAGGCUUCCCUCAGAUGAUCUGCGGAGCCUUCAAGUAAAAAUACCUAAGAAUUGGGGGCUCAUCAGAUCCUUGGAGUUCAAAUGGGAAGUGAACAUCUUUGAUCGGAACCACCCCAGGUUUGUUCCGCAUCAUUGGGGGCGUGAUGGCUACGAAGCAUUCUGGGACGGUCUCGCCGAUAUGCCGUUGCUGUCUCAGCUGCGUAUUUCCAUCAUCAUGCCACAAAUCCUCAUGCUCGCGUCGCCUGAGGAGCUUCGAAAGCUUUAUUUUGAGCCUAUAACGCGCCUCAAGCAUUUACGGAUAUGUGAAGUGAUCCUACCGAGAUCGUACAGCUCGCAUUUUGGCAUGAGCCCGGAGGAUCAGCGCCUUCCUAUUGAUGGAGAUGGCGAUUACCGCAUCAGCUGGGCCACUGUUGAUGAUGGACGUCCACUGGCUGCUGCAGCUGCCAACCCUGCGUCCAUUCAACUCCUGCGAACAGCUACUUCCCACACACUGUCAGCGCCUCCAGGCUGGUCAUGA